CUGUCCAGCGCAACUAUGACAGCGUUUCUGAUAGGAUAAAAAAGUUUUAUGCCUCAGCCAAUCCUAGCAUUCCCCUGGGCAACGUUCGUAAACCUCUCAGCCAAUCACAACCGUGAGCGCUGGACAAGCAGGGGAGAACCUCCACUACUUUUGAUUGCCCACUCUCACUUCGAACCGGUGUCAACAAACAACAACAACAUCCUCGCCAUAGAAACGACGCCCUGUUUGCCGUGAUCUUUAAAAACAGAACCCGUUAAGCUGAAAAACACAAGCCCUUCAAGUCCCUUAAAACCAAAUUUCAUCUUUUUGACGUCAGUUUUUGACUUCUUUGGGGGGCUAUUGCUGUCCCGGGAUACUCCGGUGCUUAGCUGUAGCCCGGAGCUCAGCUAAGCCCUACCGAGGCUAACCGGUGCUAACUUCUCACAAGGACGGAGAUUUUUCCAUUUACUGACCGACUCCUGCUGCUGUUCGCCGCAGGAGAGAGUCCUCCCCGGGAAAAGAGGAGGUCGGUGCAGACGGUGGGGGUGGUGGAGGUAUGACUGCGUUGGCGGGGUCAGUACCCAGGAUGAUGCGACCCACGCUGGCUCAGAACUACCCCCGCAGCGGCUUCCCACUGGAAGUGUCUACCCCGCUGGGUCAAGGCCGAGUAAACCAGCUCGGAGGGGUUUUCAUCAACGGCAGACCUCUGCCCAACCACAUCCGACACAAGAUCGUGGAGAUGGCCCACCACGGGAUCAGGCCGUGCGUCAUCUCCCGACAGCUCCGGGUCUCCCACGGCUGCGUGUCCAAAAUUCUGUGCAGGUACCAGGAGACGGGCUCUAUCAGACCCGGAGCCAUCGGAGGAAGCAAACCCAAGCAGGGAACAACGCCGGACGUCGAGAGGAGAAUAGAGGAAUACAAGCGGGAAAACCCGGGUAUGUUUAGCUGGGAGAUUCGAGAUAAAUUACUGAAGGAUGGGAUAUGUGACCGCAACAACGUUCCUUCAGUGAGCUCCAUCAGUCGCAUCAUGAGGACUAAGUUUGGGGGGAAAGGUGAGGAAGAAGAAGAGGAAGACGAGAUCGAGAAGAAGGAGCUGGAGGACAGUGAACGGAGAGCCAAACACAGCAUUGAAGGCAUCCUGGGAGACAGAUCGAGUCACUCAGACGAAGGCUCGGACGUGGAGUCAGAGCCCGAUCUGCCACUGAAGAGGAAACAGCGGCGCAGUCGGACCACCUUCACAGCCGAGCAGCUGGAGGAGCUGGAGAGAGCCUUUGAGAGAACCCACUACCCAGACAUCUACACCAGGGAGGAGCUGGCUCAGAGGGCCAAGCUCACUGAAGCCAGGGUACAGGUGUGGUUCAGCAACAGGCGAGCGAGGUGGAGGAAGCAAGCUGGAGCCAAUCAGCUGAUGGCAUUCAACCACCUGAUCCCAGGUGGAUUCCCCCCCACAGCCAUGUCCAGCAUCCCGCCGUACCAGCUCUCUGACAGCACAUACUCGCCGUCAUCUAUAGCACAGGUGUCGGAGCCUCCCAGCACGGUGCACCGUCCCCAGCCCCUGCCUCCUUCCUCCAGCCACCAGGCCUCUGCUGGCGGAGGGCAGGCAGACGGCGGCUCUGCCUACUGCCUCGCCUCCGGACGCCACUCCUUCUCAGGCUACUCGGACAGCUUCGUGAGCCCAGGAGGGCCGACGAAUCCCAUGAACUCCGCAAUAGGAAACGGCCUCUCUCCACAGGUGAGACACCAGGUGAUGGGUCUGCUGAACCCAGGCGGCGUGCCACACCAGCCCCAAAGCGACUACGCCAUCUCCCCCCUGACAGGCGGCUUGGAGCCCCCCAGUGGCAUGGCCGCCAGCUGCAGCCAACGCAUGGACCACAUUAAGGGUCUGGAGGGUCUCUCCAGUGUUCCCUCCAUGUCAGCACUGCCCUCCCUGCCCAGCUCCCAGUCUUACUGCACCCCGUCCUACAGCUCACAAGGCUACACAGUGGACCACGUCGCGUCCUACCAGUACAGCCAGUACGGGCAAAGUAAGGUGCCCUUCCUUAUUUGAGGCCUGAGAUCACCUGAUCAGCCACUUCACAGAGGGACACGUCCAUGGGUGUCUGUGUACAGCGACUGAAAAGCCUUAACGUUUGGACCAAAAACUGCUUUCGUGUAUUAGGACACAUUCCCUGCUGCAGGAUCUUCUCUGUGGAGUGACAGACUAUUUUAAAAACAUAAAAGAAGGGAUCAUAAGAUAGAAUAUUAGAGCAAAGACUGCACACUGAUAGUAGACAUUCCUGCAUCUGCCGCAGAGAGGCACUUUCCACUGACAUUAGCAAAGAUCACAAAGUGUCUGCUGCUCGCGGCAUCUUUGGAAAGACCCCAAACCCGACUCUGUAUGGCAGCCUACCUUAAUGGGAACUGUUUACAUACCUGAACGUUGCAUCAUCACUUGUAAAAUUCCACAUAUCAUCUUCAAAUCAAUCCCUCCCAGUCAUAGCAGGAAAAGGAAGGGGCUCAGUUGAUUUUUGUUACAUUCACUCAUUUGAGAUGUCCACACCCCACACAUGGAGAGAAAUUCCAGAGAGAACGAAAACAAACACAAGCUAAUGAAUCUGGGGAUUUUUUUUUUUCUUCUACAGUAUCAGACGCCCUAAUGUACACUCCAGCUGUACAACAGGCAGAGUUUGGUCAAGCAUCCCCCCUGCCUCUUCAAGUCCCCCGUCUCUCCCCGUCUCCGCUUCCAUCCGUCCCUCUGUCUUGCUGGUGUUUUUGGACGCCAAGGCGAAAAUCCCGGCCUUUUGUAGUUUUUCAGAGCAACUCAGAGGAGGUCAAAGGGUGACUUCGGCGAGAGUGACAGAUGAGAGAGCUGGCAGUGGAGGGCAGCAAAAGAAGUAGCUUUAAAGAAGAGUGGGGAGGGGUGGAGGGGACAAGCAAGAUCGAUCACAGCGUAAAAGAAAACCUUUAAAGGUCCCGUCUUGCUCAGAGAAAGCCAACGGGUCACAAGUCACGACUGAGGGACAUUUGAGAAACAGAAAGAGUUAAAGACUGAAGGCGGCCGUUUGCCCAGCUGACCAAAAGUGCAAUAUCACAUAUCUUAGAGACCACCCUCCCAUUAAAAGCUGUUUGAAGACAAAUACAUGCAUAAGAUACAUGUCUGGAAGUCUUAAGAAACACUUUGGAUUCAUACCGUGGAUCAAAUUUUGAACAUGUGUGCCUUAAAAACUUUUGGGUCCAAAACAAAUAGGCAACACUUCUAACACUGAAGGGCAACGUUUCAAAAAGGACUAAGGGGUAAAAUGGAAGAAACACAAAGCCAAAAUUCUUCAGUUUAUUACUUUGUGUUGCUUCUGACCUAUAGUUUUCCUGCAGUUUGCAAAGGAAAUCAAGGCUGGUUCAAUUUCUGAUGCAUAAAGUCCUGGUCUUAAAGCUGCAGUAUAUAACUUUUAUAAAAGGGUAUUCUUUAUGCAUUUGUUAAAACAGUCGUUUUGUCAUGACUAUGAGACAGAUGAUCUGUGGAAAAAAAAUGAAGCUCCUCUGCCUCCUCCCUGUGGUUCGACUGCCAUCUGCAGAAAUACACAUCUUGGUCAGAAACAAGCAGUAAGAGCCAGGAGGAGGAUCUUAACGAUGUCAAUCAUGCUAGUGUAUGCAGCUAUACUAUUGGUGGCAAAACAAUCUAACAUUACUGGAAUACUGUUUAUUCGCCGUCAUUGGAGGCCAUGCUCCAAUGCCUGUGUAUCCAUGGUAGGCCCCACUGUGGAUAAGGAGCUGUAGCCUAGCAGAGAGCAAGAGGGAGGGUGUGAGCAGUGCAUAGAAGAGCAUGUUUGACAGCGCUAAGACCCUUCACCUGGCUCUGAUUGGUUGUUUUUGACCAAGCAGUGUAUUUCUGCAGAUGGCAUUAGGACCACAGCAAGGAUGCAGAAUAGAUCAAUAUUUUUCUCAGAUUGUCUUAACUCAUAUUUUACUGUCGACACAUAGUGACAGUUUUAACAAAAUAAGUAUAAAUAAAUCUAUUUUUAGUAAAGUUGCCUACUGUAGCUUUUACGUAUGCACUUGUUGUGGAUAUGAAUGUCAGAUUCAUUUUGGGAAACUGGAACUGUUCACAAGAACUGGGUGCACUACUUUGAAUUUAUUGCAAAUUGUCUUCAGUCCAAACUGGGUCAACAAUAUACAUGAAGGCCCCAAUUGUACAUCCAACCUAAUAUUUGGUCAUAGUCCCAUAACCAGAGAAACCAGAGAAAUAUCCUCUGCUUCCAGCUACAACACAGACUGGGAACUUGACCACUCUUCUAAUGGUAAUGGUCAUUUAAGUUGGCUCAGACUCGGCUUUUCAGCGUAGUUCAUACUUUCUCUAGUCUUAGGGCAGCAGCAGCAUCACACAAGCCUAGUAUUUGCUGCCUUUAUCAGAAGCCAAGGGGAUGUUUGUUUAAUUUCAUUGCCCUGCUGUGUCCAACUUUCAUUGAGUGUUUGAAUGUAAGGAAAUUUUUAGACGCCAGAAAUAACCAUGGUUAUUAUUCCACCCAGUUUGUGUUAUCCACUGUUACCACUGGAAUAAUAACAGUACCUCAUCAUGAUGACGUCACCAUGCUUUGUGACCAAAUAGUUACCAAACAAGUGAAACUUGGACACAAAUGAGCGCUCCAACAGGACAAUGAUACCAGACACACAUAAAACCUUUCUUUUAAAGGGGGGUGGGGGGGUCUCUUAUGUAAAAUCAACAUAGCCCCCCCAAAAAUUGCUUUGUUAUGCACUUUCAACAAAUCCUUGAAUCUCCCAUGGCAGCCAUUUGGGAAAGUCUAAACACCUCUCACACAAAAUCUCUCCCACUCCUUCAGACUAGCGGCAGCAGCAGUUAGCAAACACCUGUUGUAACGGCACGUCUGCUGAGCUAAGACUGGUUGUAAACAACAUCAUAGAGAAGCAUUGCAGUGACGACGUACUGAGAGCAGUGUCAGAAAGAGUUGGAGCUUCUUAAAGAGACGGAGGCCCAUUUUAAGGCGUCAGAUUCAGUUAUAACACAAAUAUCUAUACUCCAUUUUCGUAACAACUGAAGGUAGCAUAGUGGCUUGAUUGUGCUAUAAAAUGAAGCAGAGCAAGAAGAGUGGCCAAAUAUUCGGCCUCAUGUAAGCGGGGAGUUAGUUGGUGGGUAUAAAAAGUGUUUGGUUUCUCUGUAUCUUGGUGUCAUUAAGAAAAAUAUUCCUUCCCUGAAAAAGAACGAUUGAGCUGCAUCACGAAAAAAAACCCAAACUAAAAUGAUAUUCAUGUCCUGAUAAGUGGGUGCACAUUUUUGAGCAGAGCUGUACAUAUCUAUUGUUAUUAUGUGGUGUGUGACAGCAGUGUUAUUAAAAACUAUUCACCACGGUCCAACAAGGUGCCGGCUUCAAAAGUACUUCCAGAAGAGCUUUUGUUUUUGUCCUUCUGUCUGCACAGACUGAUGCAGCCCUUUCAUUCCCAUGAUAUAUAUUUUUUGUAUUACUUGACAAAGCGAUGUGACGUCAUGUCAUGUGUACGAGCGCAUUAUAAUUUCUAUUUAUAAUAAAAGAAAACCCC